AAACUGUUCGUUUGAUUAAAAAAUUUCUUGGAGAUGGUGUUAUUGACCAUAUGAUAGUUGCUUUUUCUGGUGUGACUAAGAAGCAAACUGAAGAAAAUCGUAUAGAAAGUAGGCUUAAUCCAUCGAUGAAGGAAUUUUUGAAAUCCAUCAAAAAUAGAUGGAUCAUUUCUCCAAACCCAGAUAUAUUUAACAAGAAUGACAAGGUUGUAAAAAAGAAUAUGGCUAGUACCAGAGAGAUGAUUAUUAAAUUUAAUAAUGCAUAUAAUUUACAAAAUUUUAAAGAAGCACG